AUGUUCAGGCGCUUUGGCGUUAGCGUAGGCAUAUUGGUCUUCCUGCUAUUCGCGGGCACGAUCGGCUACAUGGUGCUCGAAGGCUGGACGGUAAUUGACGCGCUCUACAUGACCGUCAUCACGUUCACGACCGUUGGCUACGAGGAGGUGCAGCCGCUAUCCACUGCCGGGCGCAUCUUCAACAUCUUCCUGAUUGUCGGCGGCGUGGGGGCGAUGCUCUACUUCCUCACCGCGCUGAUGAGUCAUAUAGUAGAGGAAGAAGUAUUCCAUGCAUUCGUGCGGAGGCGCAGAAUGAGAAGCACACUGGCAAGCAUGAGGCGUCACUACAUUCUCUGCGGCUUCGGGCGCGUCGGCAGGGAAGUGGGACGCGCCUUUGCCGCCGAGGGUGUGGAAUUCAUCGUCAUCGACGCCAACGACAACUGCAUCGUGGAGGCACAGGAGCUCGGCUACGCCUACAUUCAGGGCAACGCCACCGAGGACGACGUCCUGCGCGAGGCGGGCAUCGAGCACGCGGAAGGGCUUGUCGCCGUAACCGGCAACGACAGCGACAAUGUCUAUAUCACGCUGUCCGCGCGCGGCCUGAACGAGACAUUGCAAGUCGUUGCCAGGACCAGCGACAUCGCCAACGCCGAAAAGCUGAAGCGCGCAGGCGCGGACAAGGUCAUCUCACCUCUGGAGAUUGGCGGGCGCCGCAUCGCCCUGUCUGCCGUUCGCCCCCUAGCCGUCGAUUUCGUGGACUCCAUGCUGGAAGGCGCCCACGAUGAGCGCCUCCAAUUCUCCGAGAUUUCGAUUACCAGCAGCUCUGCGCUAUCCGGUUCAACCAUCGCCACUAUUGUCCGCCACCCCCAUGUGGAGGCGCUCGGACUGCGGCGCUCCGAUGGCGAGAUGGUUGCCACGCCGCAAAGGGACACGGUGCUGCAACCCGGCGAUAGCCUGUUCGUCAUCGGCGUAGGCGAUGCAGUCGCGGCCCUCAGCAGCGCAAAAUAG